GGGUGCGCUCGGCAGCCGCCCGCAGGCGCAGGGACCGCUCCCCGCCCGCCCGGCGCGCCCUGCUCGGUCCGCGAGCCCCGCGCUGCGCUCCGCCGCCGACAUGUGUGCCGCCCCGAUGCCGCCCCUGGCGCACGUCUUCCGGGGGACCUUCAUCCACUCCACCUGGGCUAACCCCAUGGAGGUGCUGCGGGACCACCUCCUCGGCGUGAGCGACAGCGGCAAAAUAAUGUUUUUAGAAGAAGCAUCUCAACAAGAAGAGCUGGCCAAAGAAUGGUGCUUCAAGCCGUGUGAAGUAAGAGAACUAAGCAACCAUGAGUUCUUCAUGCCUGGGCUGGUUGAUACACAUAUCCAUGCCCCUCAGUACUCUUUUGCUGGGAGUAAUGUAGACCUGCCACUUUUGGACUGGCUGACCAAGUACACGUUUCCCACAGAGCUCAAAUUCCAGAACAUCGACUUUGCUGAAGAAGUAUAUACCAGAGUUGUUAGGAGAACACUAAAGAAUGGAACAACCACAGCUUGUUACUUUGGAACAAUUCACACUGACUCAUCUCUGCUCCUUGCAGAAAUUGCAGAUAAAUUUGGGCAGCGGGCAUUUGUGGGCAAAGUCUGCAUGGAUAUGAAUGCCACUGUUCCAGAAUACAAGGAAACCACUGAGGCAUCAAUCAAGGAAACAGAGAGAUUUGUGUCAAGAAUGCUCCAAAAGAACUAUUCUAGAGUGAAGCCCAUAGUGACACCACGUUUUUCUCUUUCCUGCACUGACACCUUGUUGAAUAAACUAGGAAGCAUCGCGAAGAUCCAUAAUUUGCAUAUUCAGAGCCACAUAAGUGAAAAUAUCAGUGAAGUUGAAGCUGUGAAGAGCCUGUUUUACGAUUAUAAAAAUUACACAGAUGUGUAUGAUAGAAACAAUCUUCUGACAGAUAAGACAGUGAUGGCACAUGGCUGCUACCUUUCUGCAGAAGAACUGCAGGUAUUCAAGGAACGAGGAGCAGCUAUCUCACAUUGCCCCAAUUCUAACUUAUCGCUCAGCAGCGGCUUUCUCAAUGUGCUAGAAGUCCUGAAACAUGAAGUGAAAAUAGGGCUGGGUACAGAUGUGGCUGGUGGUUAUUCAUCUUCCAUGCUUGAUGCAAUCAGAAGAGCAGUGAUGGUUUCCAAUAUCCUCUUAAUUAAUAAGAUAAAUGAGAAGAGUCUCACCCUCAAAGAGGUCUUCCGACUAGCUACUCUUGGAGGCAGCCAAGCCCUGGGGCUGGAUAAAGAGAUUGGAAACUUUGAAGUGGGCAAGGAAUUUGAUGCCCUCCUGAUCAACCCAAAAGCAUCUGACUCUCCCAUUGACUUGUUUUCUGGGGAUUUGGUUGGUGAAACCUCUGAAGCUGUAAUCCAGAAGUUCCUCUACCUAGGAGAUGACCGAAAUAUUGAGGAGGUUUAUGUGGGUGGAAAGCAGGUGGUCCCCUUCUCAAGCUCAGUGUAAGAUCCUUGGCCUCUACCGGUUCUCCUGGGAUCAUGUGGUUCUGCAUCUCUCUUGUGCCCAGGCAGAGUUAGGAAGUCAAAAAAUAGUAUCUUGUUCUUGGGAUGACUAUCUCUUUCUGUGUCUAGUUAAAAUAUUCACUUGACAAAUCGUUUGAAGGAAGUUGCGCUAAUCCUCAACUCUCUGGUUGGGAGGAUUCGAAAUGUCUCCCUUUUGAGCUGUUCAGAUUGACUUUAAGCUCAAACAUAAGGGAAUGUUAUUCCUGGUGGUGUUCUUAUUAUGAGAUUUAAGUAAAAUCGAUUUCAUAUUUGGAAAUGUGGAGAGCAAAGAUAUUCCUAUAUGGCUAGAUAUUUUGAGCUAAUCAGUGUGACAAUCAGAAAAUGGAAAAUGAAACCGUGGAUAUAUUUUUAUGAGGGAGAAGAAGUUAGACUAUGAACAAACAUUGGAAAAUUACUUCAGAUUAUAUUUGAAAAUUAUAUACUGAGCAUAUUAAUUUUAGGAGAGAACUUGUUGAAUUUUAAAACGUGUUUCUAGAUUGACCUUGUGUUCUGGAAAUUUGCACUUAAUGGAAUUUGCAUUUCAGAGAUUUGUUAUUGUUGUGCUUUGCCUUCUUUGGGGAUGAAAUGUCAGAAAUUGAAUGCCACAUGCUUUCUUAAUAUAGUUCCGUGCUUCAAAGUGUUUGACAGAGGUUGGGUGUUAAAGAUUUAAAGUCUCUUAGGAAUAUUAUUCAUAUAACUACAUGGCACAAAUAGUGGUAUUUUGUGUAUUUCAAAAUCACCUUAAUGUAUAACUAUGCGAUGCUAUUAUUGCUUCAGUGUUAUUUGAAAAGAAACAAAUUCCAUACUCCACUGUUGUGUAGACUGGAGUCUUCAUGAACUGGGGCCAGUGCUGGGCAGCAAAGAGCUGUCAAUACUAAAAGGAAGGGCUUCAUUGAAAUGAUGUGUUCUCCCCAAGCAUUAUGUCAUGAUUGCUGGAAAUUACAUACUCUGAUACCAUUCUGGUAGAACUUUAAAAUGAGGGACAAAUUCAAUUAAAAAUAUGAAAAAUCUUUAAACCCUGUUUACUGAAAGUACUGUAUUUUUCAAUUUAUCCUGUUGUUCUUUUAAUUCCCAAUAAUUUUCAGGCCAUUAGGAUUUUAGGAAAAUGAAAACUAUGUACAUGUCCCACUUAAUGUUUAUAUGAAUGGGACUUAAUCUCUCAACUAGGCAUCUAGGAACAUUAAACAAAGCAAAGAGUAUUUUUAUGCCUCCUAAUAUAGUGUACAUUCCCAUCACCCACAAUUAAAAGCAAAUUGACUUCUUGAUAAACCCUGAAGAAGUAUUGAUGUGAGUUUCUCAUUUAAUUCCAUUAAUACUUUAAACUGACAUGGAAAAGGAAUAAAUCUUCUUAAUAUAUCAUAACACUGAUACCUAGGGGUUAAGUGUGACUCCUUAUAAUUUACCUUAAAGAACUUUAUGUGAUAUAAUAGAGUUAACUCCAUAUUGACAGAACAAAAUUCCCCCACUUGUACUAGAAAUUUUAUCCUCACAGAAGUUAUGCUGAAUCAGCAGUAAUUUGCCCACAUUUUUUUGUUUUUCCUGGUGGAAACACUUUUAGAUUUGAUUGUGUAUACACACCACCCAAUGACAGAACAGAUUUUUGGUCUUAUUUUUAUUUUUUUAAAGACUUUUCUUAUUUGAAUAUAGUUGAUACCCAAUUUGGGCUUAUUGAAAACACACAAGCAAACAGAGUUUGUGUUGUGGGAUAUAAAGUAACUCCGUAAAUUUAGUUUCCAGUGUCCCAUUCCUCUAUUUCCAGAAUUCCCACUUUCUGAGCUAUGUCAGAAAAUGCUCCACUAGUCCCCUCGCCCCUACCCCCCACCCCAUUCUCUGUAGUGCUGGUGAGUGUCUCCUGCUCUGUCCCCUGAUCCCUGCUAAAGGAACAUGGUUACCUGAUGUCUAACCCACAUGCGUGGGCUUAAGAAUUUGGAGAAGAUGUGCAAGAUCCCCUAAUAGGCAGCAGCUAUAUGCCCAGCCUUUGCAAGUUCCUAUGCCUUUAUCUUCCUUAAGCAUGUACAUUUUGAUGAUGAGCAUCAGUGUUCAUUUGGAUGAAGGUUUCACAUGCAGUGUAUAUAAACAAGCACGGCAGCAGCAGCAGGAAGAGUGACCAUCUACAACCAGUCUGUCAAGCAUUACAUUUAUCCCUGGGAGUAUGUUAAGACCUGAGUAUCUUUCCUAGUAAAAAUAGAAUGUGUUGACAUGUUUACGUGUAGUUCAAUCUCCCUGCAUCUCUUAUAACUUGUGUUUGGUUUCAUCAAGGGCAGUGUUUCUGAGUGUUACAUUUGCUUUUUUCAGUAUGACUGGCAUUGGCCGUACAUGUGGCUAGAUGCUCUACACUUGGAAAUGUUGGCUUUGCCUACUGUGGCUUGACUUUCUGAAUCGUGGCAAGGUGGUAUUUCAAGCCCAACUCUAUUUGUCACUUUAUGUCCGAAUAUUUUGCUCUCUGACAGGAAAGAAAGAAUUAAGACUUCUUAUCAGGCUCCUGACCUCGCCUUGCACUAUUUUCCUCUGCUCUCAUGGUAUUUUUAAUGGAAUACUCUUUAGUGGGUAAAAAUGGAUUUAAUAGUGCUGACAGUCAUACAUUUAAAAGAUAUUUUCUACCACAGAACACAAAAACAGGCUAAUCGGCUAAGGUGAAUUUAAUUUCCAAAAGGGAAUGAAACAUGGGAUUAGGACCUGAGAGGUUGUCCUGGUCAUUGUAACCUGAGGUUGAGACUGCUCCCUUCAUCGGCUCCUUUUCAGAUUUAAUUGUCAAAGGUUCUGGAAUCCAAGGGAAUAUUUUAGAACUAGCUCCCUUCAAGCCAGGAGGAGGUCUCUCUAAGCUACUAUUGUGAGCAUUGAACCCGACUGAAUCUCUUUUUCACUUCCCUGAGAAGUGGCUGGAAAGUGGUUGGAAACAUUCCUGUUAUGCUUAGCUGAUUUUGGACUGUGCCCUUGAACAUCCCUGUUGGCAACCACAACUGAGAUGUCAGAGAGGUGACAUAAUGGAUGUGAGAUCCAGCAAUGUAUUUUGAAUCUUCACUCCCUUCCAGACUCUUCCUAUUUUUAAUUUUUUCACCUCAGAACUAGACAUAUGGAAAGCUUUCAAGGCAAGCUGGAAGGCACAUUAUAUCGAUUCUACCUUGUGCUAUACAUGGAAGAUAUCCAGAACUGGAUGCUUCUGUAGCCUAGUGGACAUCUUUACAUUGUUGUCCAUUUUUUUAAGUUGAUAAUAUUGUUGGGCACAUUCACAUGUCUAAAAGGAGCAUUCUGAGUUUUUAAAAGGUAGGCUAAGAAAUGUAUCAUGGCAGUGUCUUGAAAUAAUUUUCAAAUUACAUGGAUUGUUAUGAGCUUCUGAGAUUUUUUUUUAAAGGCUCAGAAGAGAUAUUUGCAAUUUCAGAACAAUCUAGCCCCUUUAGGUAUGAUUUUGGACCCUAGCCCUUUUCAGUGUCUCUAAAGAAAAAGUGUGGAAAGAAUUGCACUGAUGAACAGAUGCUAUCAGAAAGCCCUCACAUUGGACCCCCUGUGUUUUCUUGCUCAGCCUCUCCCAUUCCCUCCCACAGCCCCAGGGGUGAGAGAGAUCUAAGAGCUGAGGGGUUAGUUUGUAUCUCUCAUCCAAAUUUACUGAAAUGCAAAAGUUGAACAGGCCAGUAAUGGAACUCAGUGCAAAUUCCAAGACGGAUUUCAGAGUACAUGCAGAGCAAGUGACUUGAACAGAUGUCAUGUGGCAUUGACUUACCUAUUCAUUUCCUAUUCAAAAGCCUGUCAGAAAGCAUUCUGUAUCAAAAACCACCUUACAUUGUAUGUUAAACUCCUGAUAGCUGCUCUUAAGAAUAUGUAUGUGUGUAUUCAUGGGGACAUUUUUACUCAAUAUUUGUAUGAUUUGCUUAUUGUUCAUGUGCUGAGUGAGCUCCUUUGUGCUUCAGACAAAAAUAAAUGAGAUUUUGUGUUUA